AUGGCUGCUGAGCCCAGUCCCCUGCAGAUGCUUCAGGAAGAGGCCCUGUGCUCCAUCUGCCUGGACUACUUCCGGGACCCCGUGUCCAUCGGCUGCGGGCACAACUUCUGCCGAGGGUGUGUGACCCAGCUGUGGGGCCCGGAGGACGGGGAGCACCAAGGGCGCAGGGCCUGGGAGGCGGCGGGGCCUUCCCAGAACCCCGAGAACCUGACCGCCGUGUUCGACGAGGCCGAGUACUGGCACCACGCCCGCGGGGGCCCCGAGCGCGACGGCAGAGGCCCGCGGGAGCUGGUGUGGCGCUACCGGAACCCCGGGCCCCGCUCGCGCUCGCCCUCGCCGCCGCCGCCGCCGCCGCCGCCGCCACCGCCGCCGUUCACCUGCCCGCAGUGCCGCAAGUCCUUCACCCAGCGCAGCUUCCGCCCCAACUUCCAGCUGGCCAACAUGGUGCAAGUCAUUCGGCAGAUGUGCGCGAAUCCCGCGUGCUGGGGCCAGGGCAGCCAGAGCGUGUGCCCCAAGCACGAGGAGGCCCUGAAGCUCUUCUGCGAGGUGGAUCAAGUGGCCAUCUGCGUGGUGUGCAGGGAGUCGCGGCGCCACAAGCAGCACAACGUGCUGCCCCUGGACGAAGCGCUUCAGGAGUACCGGGAGAAGAGGAAGAGGCGGGCACCCAGGAACCGCCCCCUGCCGCAAGUGUGA